GUGGGGACGGGGCCCUAAUUCUGUGACUACUGUUUCUCGCUGAUCCUCAAGUAUCGCAAUAUGCAUAGGACAUAGCCCUUGAGAGAGGAAUCAGCGAACCUCUUGCACACUUCACUGUUGAUGUUGUCGACUUCCGCUAGCUGCGGAUUAUAUUUUUAGGAGUGGCUUUUUGGCAAAUUUUAUCGAUCACCGAUGACAAAAACGAAGGAAAUGUCGCUUUUGAAAUCCGCGUGUGUGCGAUGCAACACUGUAUUUAGAGAAGAUCAGCGGAUCGUCAACUCAAGUGGUGAAUUGUGGUGUGAAAAGUGCUUUGUCUGUGCCCAGUGUUUUAGGCCUUUCCCAGAUGGGGUUUUCUUUGAGUUUGACGGCAGGAAAUAUUGCGAGCACGAUUUCAACGUCCUGUUUGCUCCCUGUUGUGGAAAAUGCAACGAGUUUGUGAUAGGCCGUGUGAUCAAGGCUUUGAACAAUAGCUGGCAUCCCCAGUGCUUCCUCUGUCAGCUAUGUAACUGUGAGCUUGCCGACACUGGAUUUAUGAAGAAUCGUGGAAGGGCCUUAUGCCACCCGUGCCACCUGAAGGAGAAAGCAGCAAGCACCGGCAAGUACAUCUGCUACCGAUGUCAUGGUGUCAUCGAGGAAGAUAUGCUGAUCAAGUAUAAAAAGGAACCUCACCAUGCCUAUCAUUUCAACUGUACUAGUUGCAGUGAGGAGUUGAAUGGCACGGCGAGGGAGCUUCGGGGAGAACUCUACUGCUUGCCUUGCCACGACAAGAUGGGUAUCCCGAUCUGCCAGGCCUGCCAUCGACCCAUCGAUGAGAGAAUCGUCACUGCCCUCGGCAAACAUUGGCACGUUGAGCACUUCGUGUGUGCUCGAUGUGAGAAGCCCUUCCUUGGACACAAGCAUUACGAGAAGAACGGCAAAGCUUACUGUGAGACACAUUACAAUCAGCUCUUUGGAAAUAUUUGCUUCUACUGCAACAAGGCAAUCACAUCAGAGAUGAUGUGUACGAUGAGCAAGACUUGGUGCGAUGAGCAUUUUUUCUGCAUGGGCUGCGAUACUCUUCUUACCACCAAGAGCAAGUUCAUCGAGUUUGACCUGAAGCCCGUCUGCAAGCGAUGUUACGACCGCUUCCCCAACGAACUCAAGAGGAGACUGAAAAAGACCGAAAUGGCCGGCAAAAAGUUUGGCAAAAACGAGAAGUGAGAGGGAGCCCCAUAUUUAGUGGACCUAGAUAUAUCUCAUCUUGUAUAUUUCAUUUGGAAAAUCACCUUCCUAGAUAAUCACCUUAUCUUUCUCAUGUAAAUCUCCAAAUCCUUUUUUUUUUUUGUAGUUGGCUUUAUCUUGUGGAUAGCUUUAUGAAUACUUGCCAGGAUUGGCACAUUUGACUUAUUUUAUCUAUAAAGCACAUAAAAGGGAAGUUCACACCGAUGUUAUGUUGGUUUUGAUAAAAGCGGUUAUAUAUAUAGAAAAAUAUUGUUGAAAGAUUGAUUAAAAUCCAUCAAAGAGUAACAGAGUUAGGAAUAUUUAAAGAUUUGAUUUUGUGAUAUCGCAGACAAGCUACUCUUCUUUGUGAUAGAAAUUCCCCCAAAGCUAUUUUCUCAAAUAUUUAAGUGAUUAUAUAUUUGUGUGUUGGAUAUAUUAACAGACAUCAUUUUAUUUAUACCCCCUCAUGUUCCAUAAUAUUUAUGUUACAUGAUAUAUGGGGGAGUUGCUCGCAUUUGACUUCAUGAAUUAAAAAUUUUCAAAUUUCAUAACUCUUAUUUUUUGCUAAAUUUUCAUCAAACAUUCAGCAACUUUUUUGUCAAUUUUUUUUCUAAUCUUAUUAUUAAAAACCAAGUAAACAUCAGUGUGAACGUCCCCUUUGAGGUAAUGCACCAUUAUGAAUGGAUGUAUGAUAUGAGCUCUUUCAAUUGUUCUCGUAAUGCUAACCUAAUUAGUUCAUUUGUCAACAUCAUUUUGUCAUCUUGUCUACGAACUUCAGUGAUGCUGCGCUACCUUUGAGUUUUUAGAAUAUUUAUAUUAUUUUGCAUUCGUUUUUAAGCUUUUUAAACUACAACAACAUGAUUAUGCCAAUAGCAUGAUUAAUUUACGAUGUCAGGGGCCCAUUGCACAAACUCUUAUAAUCAAACAGUAGUCCUAAAUUUUGCUUUUGAUUGGCUGAAUUUUUUUUUUUUGGGGGGGGGUGCAGAUUUGUGAAUGAAUCAAUUUUUGUGCAAUGGGUCCCUAAAAUGUAUAUUGAUAAUGUGAUAGUAAUAUAGAGUGAUUUAUGAAGAAGUUUAUAGCGAAAAGGCUUAGCUUGUAGCAGUGAGUAGACUUUCAUAAAAUAAUUCAUUGUUAUUUAUUAAUAAUUAAAAAAAAAAAAAAAGCCAAACAAAAACAAUGGAUAUGGUAGGGGAUUUUUCGCUGAAGAAAUAAAUGGAAGUAGACUAAAGGGAGAUGAGCAAAAUAGAAAGAGAUAUAGAUUUUUUGGGGUUUUGAUCACUUUAUAGAUAUAGUUGAAACUAUGAGAUAGAAAGAGACAGAGAGAGAAGAGGUAGGGAGGGAAUGGAGGGGAGGGGUGGGGUUGAGAAGGGAGGGGGGCAUAAGCCAGAGAAAUGGAAAGGGAAAGGAGAGAGGAGUGAGGUAACAUACAAGGAUAAAAGGCAGAAAGAAGGGGAGGGGAAAGCAGCUGGAUACAUUUGUUUAAUUAGUCCAAAGUCAUCACACUGCUUCGGGAGGUACUUUUGAUAAGGCUGACAUCAAAAAAAGGAGAAAAAAAGUGUAUUUCUUAACUGCACCUAUUAAUGAGAUUUAUACAAUAGCAACUGGUAGUAAUGCAGGAAAUACGGUGUACAAAAAGUUUCGGAAUCGUAAUUAUGCACAUAUUUAAUUGCAUGAUUGGUCAGUCUCCGUAUUCCAUGGCCAUUUUACUCUUCUUAUUCCUUUAAUAGCAAUUGCCAAUGUACUGCCCAUUUUUAUACUUCUCAGGGUGAAAAAGAUCUUAUUGUAUGUUCAAGAUCAGGGCUGGUAUUACAAACUUCAGCAAUGAUCAUACACACGAUUUUUACAAAUGAUCAUACAUAUUAACCAAUGCAAUCAAUUGCACAAAUCAUUCCUACAAUUACUAAUAGUUAAUAGUAAAAUUCUGUAUCUUACAGAAUUGAAAUGAAACAACUCCAUGUGGUGUGGUAAAUGUAAUUGCGUUCUUUCGUAUGUGGGAGAUGCACAAAUAGUGUACAAUAAAAUAUCUACCGAAAUACUUAUGUAAUUGAACAGAUUAUUGCAUAGAAGUAAAAACCAAAAUGAACCGGUAAAUCAUUUUAAAAUCAUUAUGCAUUUGUUGUAAUGAGAAAAGAGGAGAAAAGAGUAUUAUGAAAAAUGGAUUUCAAUAGAUGUUGUCUUAGAAAUUCAGAAAAUAUGAGUUGAAACCAAUAUAUGAAUUUUUUUAUUGCUAUUACUUCAUGAUUCUGUGAUUAUUUAUGUCUGGCAAGCAUUCUAACUGGGAGUUUGUAACCAUUUCAAUUUUCAUGACUGUUCUCUUUGAUGACAAAGAGGGCAGUAGAUCAGUUGAGUACUAUUAAUCUCCAGACCUAAUGCGAUAUGCACAUAAUUGAUAAAGAAAAGACUAUGCCAUGUCUUUUUACCAGAAAUCCUGUCAUACAGUCAUUAAGCGUCUUUUACUGCAGCUUUCCUGCAUCCGUGUUGUUUUGUCUAUGAUGAAAUGUGAAGAUUAUCGAUGAAAAGGCGCUUGCAGGAUUCCUGCUGAAAGGCAUUGCUAUGACUAUUAAAGAUUUCCCCUCUGUAUUUAUUUUGUCUCUCUCGAUAAGACUGAAUAUUGUAUUUUGUUUUCAUAUUUUCGGAGGGAGUGUUGUUAGAGAAAAUAAAGGGACGGGAGUAAUGCUGCCCUCAAUCAGGACGGUUUCAUGACAUUUGCUCCGGCGACAAUUGCUCCGAUGGAAAAUCUGCACGUUAAGCAAACCUGAAAACAAACCUCCAAAACUGAAUAAACCCUAAUCCUUAUCUUUACACUAUUCUGAACUCAAAUCUCUACUGCAAUCCUUACCGUACGCCCUCUGAGGUAGGCCCUAUUGAGUCAGGAGUAAAUGUCGCAGGAGCAUAUGUCGUGUCACAAUCAGAAUCCCCAACCGCUCACAUCAAGCACACACACAGAACCUGCAGCCUUGCAUUCAUGUUUUUAAAAAUUCAUCUAAUUCUUCCCAUUUUGUCUUUUGUGGAUUCAUUAUGUCAUUUAUUUAAAAUAAGUAGUUGGUAUUGAAUGGCUAAAGUGCCAUUAUAUUGCCAGUAUUUAAUGAACAUUGACCUUCUGAUAAAUUGAAAUUAUGAUAAAAUGCAUAUCUUGUUUGAAAAAGAAAAGAGAUGAAAAAAAAAAUCAUCCAAGCUUGCUUUGGUGCCAUAAGGUCUUGAAAACGAUUUACAUAAUCCUUCUAACCAAAAGCAUAUUUAUGAAUUUUACCCGAGGUUGAAGUAUUGACAUGAAAUUCUAUUUGAGAAUUAUUAUUUUCUUUCUUUAUAGAUUUGUACAUGUAAAUAGAUUGAAUAAUGCUAUUACAAAUAUGCAUGUGUAUAAUGCAUGAAUUUACAUAGUGAGUAUAAGGAAUUUUUUAGAAUGAUAUAUUCUCUUUUUUUGUAUUUUUGGUCAUUCAUGUGUAUAGGCACAUUUUCUAAUGCAUAUAAUCAUGACAAAAUGCCAGUAAUAUUUAUUUUCAUUAGCCUUUAACUAUAGAGAUGUGUCUUGCUUUGAAGUAGAGUUGUAAAACAGCUUUUUACAUUUUAUAAUUUUAAGUUGAUUUAUAUAGUCGAUUGCAUGUGUAUUUCUUUUUGCUCCUCAUCCCCCUUUGUUUGUAAUAAAAAUGUUUAUUAUUAACCCA